AUGUUUGGAUACUUGAUUCAAGGUAGACCUGUUACACCUACAGUACAACAACUAUCACCUCAAAAAUAUUUCUUUCAAAUUGAAGAUGCUUCAUCUGUACAUAAUUUCGCUGUCUUUUUAACUGAAUUAAACUUUCCAGAUGGAUAUGGAGCAGCUAUUUAUUUGGCAUAUGCACCAUUUCAAGAAUGGAAGUAUUUAGGACACAUUAAUAAAAAUAAACCGAGUGCAUUCUUUAGAAUCGUCCAAGAAGGUGACCAAACCAUGAUGUUUGAUCAAUCAAAACAAACUGCACAGGUUGGUAUAUCCAUCGAAACAGAGGCUGAAAUCAUGUCCAAGGUAAAGACAAAUACUGGUAAUGAAAACAUGGUAUUCAAACCUGCAGAUUUCAAACAAUUUGCCUUUAAAAUGUGUCACAAUUUUGUAAAUUAUAUUCAAUCGUUUGCUGGAACUACUGGCGUACCUCCUAAUCUAAUCCCUGCCAAUUCAGUUGAUAAAUGGUAUCAAAAUUUCCAAAGAAAAUUACAAAAUGAUAUUUUAUUUUGGAAAGAAUCCUAG